GCUUUAUUUAUUUGGAACCCUUUUGAUGUUUGCUAUAAUGAGGUAUCCAAGUCUAGCUAAGCUUAUUCGGAUAUGUAUGGUGCUAUUUGCGUUAUCGAUACCUGCCAUUGUUAUUUAUGUUUAUGAAACUGAUGCUACAGUUUUAUUUAUUCUGAGAUAUAUCCUGCAAGAAAUUCGUACAUUGCCUUACUACACCAAGGUGUACAUUCCAUUCGAAACCAACGCCGGAAACUACUUCUUCGGUAUGCUCGCGGGAAAUGUAUAUUUCAUUUAUAAAGACAAUGAAUUAGCAUUUGAACGUUUGAAACUUAAUAUGCUCCUUCUCAGUGGAGGUACUUUCUUUGUGAUGAUGAAUUUUUUAACGAUAUUUUUGCCGGAAGGUCACCCGAUCUGUCCAUCAAUUAUUGUCGCUACUUUUGGAACAUUACUAAAAGGUGCUUGGGGUGUUUUCCCAGCCAUUUUAAUUCUAUACUUGGCCUUUAAAAAUCCACCAUCUAGGCUAACCAUUAUGCUUCGCCACCCCUGCCUUUACUUCAUCUCAAAAUUAAGCUUCACUAUCUACCUAGUUCAAUAUGGUGUGGUAUAUACUAUUUACAGAAAUAUCACCUAUCCAGUUACGUAUGAUGGCUUAACUAUAGUAAGUUUCAUUAUCAUACUGUUCAUCCAACAACAAUUCUCUAACCUAACUGUAAACAUUUAUUUCAGCUUUACUUUACAUCACUUAUUACAAGCAUUACGCUUUUUAUCGCCUUCCUGUUACAUAUUUGCUUAG